UAUAUUGAUAAUUUCAUAUUAUAAAUUUUAAUAUUAGAAUUGUUUGUGGGUGGGAGUACAAUACAAAUAUAUUAUAUUAAUAUAUUAUCUAUUUAAAUUUUAUAUUAUUCAAAAUAUCGCAUAGAAAGCCCGUCGAUUUGGGGAGUUUGAAUAAAAAAAAUUCAAAUAGAGGCAAAGCCACCGCCAUGUCCGAAGGUUCAAGCUCACAUGUCUCCCACCGCUCUGUCUUGACUAUUUCAGGAAUCCGGAGAAUAUGUAGCCAAAGUUAUGGAUGACCAAGAAUUUGAUCGUUUAUUGGGAUCCUGGAAUGAUGUGCGUCUUGAAAGUCUUGACGAGUUCUUCGAGGACGAGGAGGUGGAGAUGGAGGAACCAACUCUCGAGAGCAACGUCCCUACACAUCUUGACAUGAAUCCCAUGAGUUCAAUCGGCGAGGAGGACGACAAGGACGAGAUGAUGAAUCCAACUCCUAAGAGCAACGUCUCUACUAGGAGAAGUGAGCCCGAGACCUUAGCACAUCCGGAGAGAGGACUCAGGAAGUCUCGUACGAUCAGAAGGGAAACAGAUUUAAGCAGAAAUUGUGUAAUGUACAGGCAUAGCCAUUUGAUCAAGCUUGGACUUAACACUAAUGCCGUAUAUGCCACAAAGCUCAUUACCCUCUAUUUGUCCUCAGGGCUUGCCAACUCCCUGAGUCACGCCCACCAGCUGUUUGAUGAAGUGCCUGUGAAAGACCCACCAUUGUGGACCUCUCUCAUAGCUGCUUAUGCUCGUCACAAUCAACCUGACAAUGCCCUCCAUCUCUUCUUCCUCAUGCUCCGUCAGUCCAAACCAGAUUUGGAAGCCUGGCUCAACCACUUUGCAGUCACUGCUGUUGCCCGUGCCAUUGCAUCAGCUCCACAACACCUCUUAUUUGGCCACGUUCUUCAUGCUUGUAUCAUAAAAACUGGAAUUGUUCCAGGUAAAGUCGUUGUUGGAACUUCUUUUCUUGAUAUGUAUUCUAAGUGUGGGGCCGUGGAGUCUGCAAGGAAGUUGUUUGAGGACAUGUCGUACCGAAAUCAUGUGACAUGGAAUGCCAUGUUGUCUGGGUACAUGCAAAAUUCAAUGGAAUCUCAUGGGUUAAUGUUGUUUUAUCGGAUGAAGUGUGGAGAAUUCAUUGCUCCAGAUGAGUAUAGCAUUUCAACUGUGAUGUCUGGUUGCGCACAUGUUCAAGAUCUUGUUUUGGGUAUGCAAGUUCAUGGAUACGCCAUCCGUGGAGGAUUUGAAGUAAGUUGUGCCAAUUCCAUCGCUAAUAUGUAUUUUUCAUGUGGUAGGAUUGUGUGUGCUAAGAUAAUUGUUGAUGUUGUGCACAAGGACAUGGUUUCGAAGCUUUUAAGCAUUAGGGGUUAUAUUUUAAAUCACAGCUAUGUUGAUGCAUUUAGAUAUUUAUGCUCUUUGGAUAAUAUAGUUGAAAUUUUGAACACGGAUUAUACAAUUUUUGUGCCUCUGCUUACUCUGUGCACAAAAUUAUCUCUGGUCCGAGUUGGGAAGCAAGUCCACGGCCUCUUUAUUGCUCUGGUGCAUUCGAAUAAGACUAUUAAGUCCUUAGAUGAGAACGGGACAAUAAUUGGUUGCACAUUAAUUGAGAUGUAUCGCAAGUGUGGUGAUGUUGCUGAAGGAAAGAAAGUUUUUGAAACAUGGCCGUGGGAACAACAUGUUUCACUCUGGAACGCAGUAGUAUCUGGCUACAUACAGAAUGGCCUUAUUGAGGCUGCUAGCGUGCUGUUUGAAGUGAUGCCCGAGAAAGAUGUUGUUUCUUGGACUAGCAUGAUGACAGGGUUCGUGCAGAACGACAUGCCUCAAGAAGGACUAAAUUUACUGGGUAAAAUGUAUUGCUCUUCUGAAGAAGGAUAUGGAGUUGAUGGGAACUCCUUGACUUUUGUAGUAGGCCUUGAAGCAUGCACCUGUUUAACGGAUUUGGAAAGGGGGAAGCAGAUACACGCAAAAAUCAUCCGCAGAUCACCCGGUUCUGGUGCUAAUAAUAAUGUGGUUGUUGGAACAGCUUUGGUGGAAAUGUAUUCAAGAUCGGGUAGUUUGCAUUAUGCCCGAAGAGUUUUUGAUUCAAUGGAACAGAAAAAUGUCGUUGCAUGGACAUCCAUACUCACAGGUUUCGCAGCUCACGGAUACGGUUUUCAAGCGCUUGAAGUGUUCCAGAAAAUGCUGAACAAUGGAAUCAAACCAAAUGCGGUGACAUUUGUUGCAGUAUUGACUGCUUGCAGUCAUUGUGGUUUGGUGGAUGAGGGACUCCGAUGUUUCAAGGAAAUGAAAAAUUACGGAUUGAUUCCAGAAGAAGAUCAUUACACAUGUUUAAUCGAUAUGUUGGGGAGACAUGGGAGGCUUGAAGAUGCAUGGCUUUUGGUGAACAGAAUUCAAGGGCAAGCUGAUGGGGCUUCAUCUGGUGCCAUUUGGGCAGCACUGCUCGGGGCUUGUCAAUUAUAUGGAAAUGUAGAAAUUGGAAGAAAAGUAGCGCCGAAGAUAUUAAAAUACGGAAACCAGAAUUCUAGGGCUCAUAUUGCAUUGUCUAAUGUCUAUGCAGCAGCAGGUAUGUGGAAUGAAGCAUAUGGAACAAGAAGGGCACUUCAGAUCAGCGAAGGCGAUGCCAAUGGAGAGGCUGCCAUUAGCCGUGUCUGCGUGCCUCCUCUUCUUUCAUGAGAACUUUCCAAGUCUAUUAUAUAUAUAAAAGUAGAAUCAAAAUUGAGUGAAAUCCUAUCCAAUUUCUGCUCCAAUUUCAAGGAAUCUGACGGCUCAAUUUUAUCCUAAAUGACCAAAUCUGGCCGUCAAUUACGAACGUCGGUUGAUUUGGAUUUUUUCGUGAAGAUUUGCAACGUUUUCUCUCCACCCGACGAGUCCCUUGGUUUUCCCUACUGCGGAUUCUCCUCUACUGGCCCAUCAUCACCAGAUUCUCCUCUGCCGGGUCUUCCAAAUUACAAUCCCGACCACCUUUACUUUGUCUGGUGUGUCCCUGACAUCGCGGGCACCUUUUGAGUCGCAAUCUCUUCCGAGAUUUUUGCUAUCUGUCAAUCCGUGUUUUCUUCCCCGUGAUGGAAUUGUUGUUACUCAGGCGGGCAGUCGGAAAGGGAAGAAAAAUAUAUGAUUUUGUUUUGGAUUUCAAUGUUUUGUUUGGGUGCUGUACUUUGGCGUUAUGCUCCUAAGUCAAUUGAUUGUACAUAUUAGGUCAAUCGAUGCUCAAGCUCCUGGGCUAGGAAGAGAAUAGAAGGUUUUUAGGAUUGGCUAUAAGUGAAAGUGAACAAGUUAAGGGAAAGGCGGGUAGAAACAAAUGACCUUAACCCUG